ACUGAUAUCGCUUUUUUUUCCAAGAUGGCGCUGACGGCGGACUUCCGGUAAAGGCGGCUGAAGGAAAAUCCUCGUUUGGGGUGAUUUGACGGGAAAAGGAACUAGGAAAAGGCCUCUCUCUGUCUGUGUCUGUGUCUCCUUCUACGUUGGUGCCAUGUCGGGGGCGGUGGCGAUGUCGAGGCGGGAGGGUCCGCAGUUCAUCAGCGAGGGGGCCGUGCGGGGCAACGCGGCCAUCCUGGACUACUGCCGGACGUCAGUCUCGGCCCUCUCGGGCGCCACGGCCGGGAUCCUGGGCCUGACCGCCCUGCACGGCUUCGUCUUCUACUUCCUGGCCUCGCUCCUGCUCUCGCUGCUCCUUGUCCUCAAGGCCGGGCGCCGCUGGGGAAAGUUCUUCAAGUCCCGGCGGCCCCUCUUCACCGGCGGGCUCAUUGGCGGACUCUUCACCUACAUCCUCUUCUGGACCUUCCUCUACGGCAUGGUCCACGUCUAUUAGGACACAGGAGUCGGAAACACGGGCCGAACCCGUCCCGCGGGCCGUCAACCAAGCCUUCUCAUUAAACACAAUGGGAAAUGUCUUGGUGUGCGAGUAGUAGCCCUCUCCCUCUACCCACCGUAGGAUCCUAGAGUCCGAAGAGGCCCCCAAAGGCCAUCCAGCCUAACCUCAUUAAACACAAUGUAAAUAGACCCUUGGAGGAGAUCCUCAAAGGUCAUUUAGUCCAGCCUGCUCAUUAAACACAAUUGCAAAUCU